AUGUCUGCGGAGCACACUCGCAACUGGUCGACCCUUCUGCCGGCUGAGAGACCAACUGGUCAAAUUGACCAGGCAUUUCAGCUGCCGGAAAUUGUCUGCUUUACGCUGUACCAGUUUCGCUGUGCUCUGGAACAUCCUUCCAGCUAUGUGACCUGGCGCAAUGACAUCUACCAGAUUCUUAAAGUGCACAAGCUCCAUCGCCUUAUCGACCCUGGCAUUGCCCGCCCUUACAAGGACUCACCCAAUGCUAGAAGAUGGCAAGAGAUGUCGAUUGAGGUCCGCAGGUGGAUCUCGUGGAACUUGAAUCCAAUCCUUGUGCGCAUGAUUGUGAAAGAGAUUCCUCGAGCUGAGCUGGCUGACGAGUUCAUGUUGGGGGCCGACACGGUCCUUCGGGAGCUUGCCCGCAGUCCCGAGCAGGACUCAGGAGAUGUCUCCGAUGGUUUGUUCAGUCUCAUUCGAUGCGAGCGAAGUGAUUAUUCUAGCGCCCGGCAGUUCGUUCACCGUAUUAUGGAGUAUUACACACACACCUUGAAUAUGAAAAUGGGAAUUCCGCCUUUUGUUCCUCUGCUGCUUUUGUUGAACGCAAUUCAGCGUGAUGUGGGAGAAGCAUUUGUCAAUGAGAGAUACGAUCAGCUGGAGAGUAUGAACAACGUUGCCCAGGAUGUCACCAAGGAACACUUUGAAAACGUUUACUUCGAUGCCUUGGAGCACCUUGACUCGAUGGGUCAGACAGCUGAGGAGGCUUUUCAUCCAUUGACUGAAUGA